CUAUUGAAAUAUGUCGGAACUUCUCACCACAUAUCGGCCGACUAGAUACAUGCUCCAACUCGAUCCAAAUAUGGCAAACAAGACUUACUGCGGAAAAGUGAGAGUCGACUAUGAAUUCACUGCAGAAACUUCGGAAAUCAAAAUUCAAGCAUCAAGGGAUUUUCAAUGGACUUCUAUUAGGCUGAUCAAUUUUUACGCUGUAUACCUGGAAUGUCCCAUUUAUGCAAGUGUGUUAUGUGACGACUAUAACCAUGAUCUGGAAUCUGAGAUUCUUACACUUUCACUGGACACACCGCUAACCCCAGACAAUACACAAAAUGGAUUCUACAUUGAAUUAGAAUUUACUGGACCCAUAAUUAUUGCAGGGCAAACUACUGGCCUCUUUGCGGUUGAUGAGAACUCAAUUACGGCAAAUAUGAAAGAUGGAAAUGCACAUAAAGUUGCACCAUGUUAUGAAGGUGUUGCUAUCAAGACCUGGCUGACUGUGAUAGGUGGUGAAGGAUCACAGGUAGAAACUAACUUGAAUAGCGAUGGACAGGAAGACUUUGAAGGUCGCGUCAAGAAGAACUUCAUAACGGAUGAGGAAAUUACUAUUGAAAAUCUAUGCAUUAAUGUUUCUAAUUUUUCUUGAAACAUCUUUUUUUAUGUGAAUAGAUUAAUAUUUCUAAUUUUUUCUACCCCAAUUUCUAUUUUGCCAUAAAGAUUUUCCAAGUAUUGG